UAUUGACAUGAUCGGUGACAUCUGCUGCAGGAACUCGCCUCUCGCAUGCAGACGACCUCACGCGGAGGGUGGCGAGACCUGUCUUCCGCACUUAAAUUCGAUAAUAGCUCGACUGGAGAUGACCAGCGAGUGCUGCUGCAUUCCCCCCACUCGAUCUCCGGGGGCAAUGCCCCUGUCUGCCUCAUAUCACCGUUGGGCGGACUCGAUACAUGGAUACUUGCCUUAUGUCCAACAACGAAGCCCACGGAGUUGUUGGUUAUCCAAUCCUCGGUCCCUUUCUCUCGAGCCAUAGACGAGCUGUGCGCCAUGGUGGCACGACUUUCCCUCCAAGACCAUGAAACCACCCCCCUAACAUCUAUUCAACACCCCUCCGAAACCGUUGAAGAUAUCUGCGAAGGAAUCACUUCGCUGUCCUUGCGAGACCCACCCUUGUUGCGGGGAGAAGAGCGUUCAUACUCAUGGGACGAGGAGCCGUUCUUGGGCUACAUCGCGGCAUACGAAACUGAUGGCGAGUCCGUCUGCGACAGCUUCUCGGAUGCCACCUACGUCGAGGAAGACAGUACCACAUCUUGGACAACUGUGUGCGGAGAGGACCCCGAGCGGAAGGAGAGCUCGUUGGGUGACCCUAAGGACGUAUUCCUCGAGGACACUCUGAGCUGCCUACAUACACACGUUCCGGCAAAGUGGAGCUUCACAGAUGAGUUCUCGCCCCCUUCGGUGCACACGUACGUGGCCUCCGUGGCCGCGACCGUUGGUAUUCAAUGCUGGAAGCUGUCAAAUUUAUUCUCCCUCACAACCCAUUUCGCCCCCUCCCUUCGUGGGGGUAGUGAGCCUCUAAAAUCGCGUCAGCGAAGGCCCAAUCCACUGCACCAAUAGUUUUGGCAGUCUUCCAAAUCAAUUUCUGUUUAUCUCACCAACACCUGUAUCAUUCGCUAUUUUUUCUCUCUAGGCGUGCAUAUGUAUAGCAAUUUAACCAACAAACUUGAGUUGGAUAGAUGAUACGGGCUUGCUGCAAUUUGAGGCUUUCCUUGGCACAAUGUAGCAAGUACACGAGCCAUGCUUAGCACUGAGCAUGCUGUAUAAGUAGCAAGAAUGUUCCGCCUUAUGGGGUGCAUGUACGAUUGCUAUGAUCAAGUGCGAGCUCUU